AUGGCCCUUGAGGGCCACCACGAGGCCAUUUCAAUUUUGAAGCGGCCGAAGGAGGCACUCGAAGCAGCCAGCCAGCCAAGUAGCCACGCAACCUGCCUCCGGCUGAUCAGAUCAUCAGCUAACCUAGUGGCCUUCUCCGCGCCCGUCGGCGGCUCGGACCGCGCCGUCAGGAGCUCCGGAAUCCAGGGCAUCAACAGUCUCAGCUUCAGCAACAAAUCAUGGAUCGGCACCGCAUUGGCGUGCGACAGCAAGGCCGCGGCACAUUCGAGGCAUCUCUGCAGGGCGGUCCAGCAGUCGAGCAAGAGCAAGGUCUCCGUCGCGCCCCUCAACCUGGAGAGCGCCAAGGAGCCGCCGCUCAACACCUACAAGCCCAAGGGGCCUUACACGGCCACCAUUGUCUCGGUUGAGCGGGCGGUAGGCCCUAACGCCCCAGGAGAGACGUGCCACGUCGUCAUCGACCAUGGUGGCAAUGUGCCGUACUGGGAGGGGCAGAGCUAUGGGAUUAUUCCUCCGGAGAAUUACCUUAGGAUUGUUCCUCCAGGAGAGAACCCAAAGAAGCCUGGAAACCCACAGAAUGUCAGGCUGUAUUCCAUUGCAUCUACUCGGUAUGGGGAUUCAUUUGACGGGAAGACUGCCAGUUUAUGUGUUCGCCGUGCAGUUUAUUAUGAUCCUGAAACUGGCAAGGAGGACCCCUCGAAGAAUGGUGUCUGCAGUAAUUUCCUAUGCAACUCAAAGCCUGGGGACAAGAUUCAGAUGACAGGGCCCUCUGGCAAAAUAAUGCUCCUACCUGAGAGUGAUCCAAAUGCAACCCAUAUCAUGAUUGCCACUGGCACUGGUGUUGCUCCCUACCGCGGGUACCUACGCCGCAUGUUCAUGGAAGAUGUCCCAAAUUUCAGAUUUGGUGGCCUGGCUUGGCUCUUCCUUGGUGUGGCUAAUUCGGACAGCCUUCUUUAUGACGAAGAAUUCACAAGCUACCUGAAGCAGUAUCCAGACAAUUUCAGGUUUGACAAAGCACUAAGUAGGGAGCAGAAGAACAAGAGUGGCGGCAAGAUGUACGUUCAGGACAAGAUUGAGGAGUACAGCGAUGAGAUUUUCAAGCUUUUGGAUGGCGGUGCACACAUCUACUUCUGUGGUUUGAAAGGAAUGAUGCCAGGGAUUCAGGAUACACUCAAGAAGGUGGCAGAGCAGAGAGGGGAGAGCUGGGAUCAGAAGCUAUCGCAGCUCAAGAAGAACAAGCAAUGGCACGUUGAGGUUUACUAG